AUGAAAUAAAAAAAUUAAAAAUAAUUCAAAUUAUAUUAUUUCCAAGAAUAAUUCCAUCAACCAAAUAGCACAUAAACAAUUGUAAUAGGAUUAGGAGUGGAAUAAAUGGAUAUAAAUAAAUAGAUAGGAAUUAACUUAUCUUAAUCGUUUAAGAUCGGAGAUGUGAUGUUAAUGAGAUCUGUUGAUAUUAAUGAUGAAGAAUUAAAAAAUAUAUUAUAAGAGUAUUUAACUGAUGAAGAAUAAAAAAAAUAUGUAUUUGAGAGAUCAGAAGACUUUUUUGAUUAAUUUGACAUAUUUAAACAUUUAGUCAAAGAUUAAAUUUAUCUAGCUAUUCUACCAAGAGGAUAAUUUGUUUUAUAUUAGAAAAAUGAAAAAAUUGAGAAAAUUAGUUUGGAUGAAUCAACGAAUAAAAUAUAGGAAUAUUUAUAAUAGUUUAAUGAAUUGGAUUAAGCUCAAAAAGAGUUGCAUUUGCAUAGAAUAUUAUACAAUAUGAGGGAAUAAAUAGAUGGAGAAUUACCUAAAUUAUAAUAAAUGAAAGAAAAAAAAGAAUGUAAUUAUCAAUAUAUAUAUUUAAAUAGUUAGGAAUUUGGAAGAAAAAUUGGAAUAUGAAAGUGAAAUGAAAUAAUAUACAGGUAAAGCAUUGUUUAGUAUUCCAACAUUUGAUAAGAAAUUAGUUCAUUAUGAUUGGGAUAGUAUGUAACAAAUUCCCUAAAAAUUGUUAUUUUAAUAGUGA